UAGAGUUGGUUAUGAACCUUCUCAACUCCAGAUUGGCUGAGCUAAUGCCAAGUCUCAGUCAGGGAACUCUAGGUCCGCUGUCUGGUAGUAUCUCAGCAAGUCAGCAGUUUGCCCAAGAGAUGCUAAGCAUGGUGUCUGCUAAGAUGUAUUCCCAUGCCAUAGAGCAUAUUGCGCGUGGCCACAAGUCUCCCCUUGAGUUAGAGAGGGAGCUUGAGGCCAUAUUGGGUCCUCUGGCUGGACAGGUUAUAGUCAUCAUCAUAGAUAGCAUCUUCAAGGCAAAAGCCAACAGAGGAAACAAGGGACGAGCGACCAGCCCCUUUACCUAUUUUCUCACUGCCAUUUCGGCAGAAGUACAAAUCCUAGUUGUUCAGAGAUCGGCUAGCAGACCGUCCACCAGACUGUCCAACAACGACCCACUGCUGAACAUUUCCAAGUCAAAGGUCUUAAGAUCAGUUCUGCUCAAAAUGACAGAACUCUUUGGUCAAGGUCCAAGUGAAACCUGUCUAGUUCCACUAGUCCAGAGUCAGUCCAACAACUCUAUUUGUGACUGGACUCUGAAUGCAGGCACCAUUCAUCCAAGUCAAUUUCUGUCCAACAACAGAAUGACAGAAGUGUCAUCCGAUGUUGUGGAUCUUGUACUUGAGGUUUUUGGGAUAACAGGAUUUUUGGAUAGCAGGAGCCCGUCAAGGCCACAGAGUGCCUGCUCCUACAACUCAGCUAGUGGAGCAAUAGAUAUGAGAGCUCUUGCUGGGGACUUGGUCAGACAGGUGUCUGUCAAACUCAGACCCUUUGUCUCUGAGAGUCAACUCUCCACCAUGUCCAUGACAGAUCUGUCAUCAUCUAUUUCUGACUCCACCUUGAAGCAGUUGUGUUGUAGCUCUGCUGUUGCUGCAGCAACUGUCUGUCAAGCAAUCAAAACGGAGCUCGAGAGCCAGAGACCUACCAACCUGUCAGCCAGAGACCUACUAUCGUCUCUGAUAGAGACCAUUGAGGACAUGGAUAUCUCUGACGUCGUCCAGGGCCCGUCAGCCAUUUUGGAGGAGACUGCUAUGAUAAAGCACCCAGAGAUGUCCACCUCGAUAAUAUACAGGUCUUUGCUUCUCGACUCAUCUCUCGCCUCCUCUAACAUGGUCACUGAGAGCAUUAUCUUCAACAGCCCACGCCCAUCAGAGGAGAAUGUGAGUAUUCAGAAGGUGCUCCCUGCUGAUAAAGUUGACAUACUCCAUGGUCAACCAGUGGAGGAGUGUAUCGUCCAAGCUGAGCAAUGCAUCACUCAGGUCAUUCAGGAUGCAGCUGUGACAUAUACUGGCGUGCUGGAUAAAACCGACACUUGUGGGAAACUGUCGGAAGUUCUGUCUGUCUGUGUUUCCGCGGAGAAUAUUGAGGAGGCAUCCUCUGAUCUAUUUGGUGGAAUUAUUUCCGACCUGCAUGAGGUAUCUGAGGUCAAUAAGGCCUCCAUGCGUACGAAAUCAGGUCGCAAAAUGUUCUGGGUGGAAGUGAGUUCAGGUUCCCAGAAGAUUUAUACCAAAACCCUGGACAAACUGAGGAAGCUUUUCACCUCUCACCUUCUCACUGAGGGACAAAAUACUCCUGUGCAAAUUGAGCUCUAUGACACUGGACUACUUGUAACUGAGACCACUGUGGAGGUAUCUCCUGUACAGAAGACAGACAGUAAUACCUCUUCUAUGUCCUCAGCCUCAGCCCACCAGCUCACCCUCGACACCUGCACUAAAGGGGUCAUCAAACAGGUGAUCUCGGUGCUGAGGUUGGAGACUUCAAAGGAAGACCGCUUCGCUUCCGUUGGGGAGAACACAUCAAAUGCGUCUUUCGACUUCAACCAGAAGUUGGACUCGAUAAUUUCGAAAUUGGAGGACCUCACCAUUUCGAGUGACGUGACGUCAGCCGAGAUUGCCACGCUCACGCGAUCUCGUAGUGCAGCCAGCAGAACCUCUAACAUUACCAUCCAGAGCUUUCACAGUGCUGAGUUCCGAGCUACGGCCAAACAGAUUGUGCGUGAGGCCAUUCUCAGAGCUGCUAGCGAAGCCAACUGUUCUUUGCCACAGAGCAUGCCUAGCAUCACCUUCUCACACCAUGUGGUUUCUACAACUGAAGAUAUAUUGAAUAUGAUCGUGCAAGACCUUGAAAGUGUAUCCCAGUACACAGUGGAGGACGCAGACUCCUUCCCACUAGGAGAGAAAAAGCUGCAGUCCCAACUCAAUCCCAGAGUUGUCUUUGACAACUCAUUUUUUGCUGCUCAAAUCAUGUACCACAGAGUAAAGGAUAGACUGAAUGUCUUUUUGUCUUUUCCACCCGUGUCAGUCACCACAGCUAAAGAUGUGCUGGACUCCACCCCUGUGGAUACACUCAGAUGCUCGAAGUCCCCUGACACUGCUCUUGUUAAGGACACGAGCCGCCCUCCGUCUGUGAGAAGUGAGAAGCCAUUUUCAAAAGUCUGUUUGACUAAAAGGUUUAAAGCUUUUGUGUCUUCGAGUGGCUCCUCCACAUACCACCAUGUAAUUGACACAUGCAGUGAGGAUGUCAGUCUGCCCACCAGGAGUAUGUUAGUUGUGAGCGACACCAGUUUGAAGAGAGCCUCUCCUCUCCAUGGUUGUGGAUUGAGUGAAAGUUGUGAACCUCUUGAGGCUCUACAAGACGGAACAGUGGCAUUCAGCCAAGAAGGCUUUAGCAAAACUGCAAAGAAGACACUCAGCUUGAUCCUAAAUGUGAUCAAGUGCAGAUUGGCCAACUCUGAGAGUUCAUCUGUUGGGCAGAAUGCAAGUGAGGAGUGUCUGAUAGCCACUAACAUGUUAGACUCUCUACUGGAGAGCCUUGACCUGUUGCCUGACAUGAGCGCUGCCGAUGAGAUCACAAGGACAGAAUGCCAUACCUCUAACGCAAUGGACAAGACAGGUUCACAGUCAGCGCUUGUGAGCCAACAAGAAAUGAACAUAUCUGACACCAGUAUCAUAGUGAAAACUAUAAUGGACACAUUGAAGACAGACGACCUAGAGAUGACUUCAGCAGAAGAAAAUCUGGAUAGGCUUCUGUCAAUUGAAGCCCUUCAAGAUGCGUCUGGCAACCUGAUCGCAAAGGUCCAUGGUCUCAUUCAGGAGAUAACCAUAAGACGCCAGCCUCAAUCCAUGACUGGCCACAGAAGCCUCUCUCAACCAGCGCUGCCAAAGCCAGCACUGAGGAAGCUGUCAAAGGACGAUGCGUCAGGGCUCGUUUACAGCUUUGCCCACACUUCUGUUAGCAGACUCCUGGGGCAGUGUUUGGGUAGGCCUAUGCCACCCACUGCUGACAGGGUUUUGGAUCAGGUCAUCAAGUUGAUGACAGACAUGGUGAUGGACAGUCUGACUGAUCUGUCCAAGUCUGCAAUGGAGGGUGACACCAGCAAUGCCGCAAGUGACAUCACUCAUGGUGUUGUGGCUGACCUUAAUGCUACUGAGGAAUUCCCCGCCAGGGGCCUUAGCCCGGCUGAUGUAAAGGCUGACGGCAUGGCCCGCCUUCCCUCUGCCAGAGGGGAAGAGAUUAAGAAGAACAGGAAGUGGGGCUUCCUACCCAAAAUUGGCAAGAUUCCAAAGAUCAGGAUGAAGCUGUUCAAGACAAAAGGGGAACCGAAGAGCCACCCUGAACAGGAUGCGCUGCCUACCAAACGUCUCAGAGAGACUCGUAUUUCACAGAAUGCUGAGUGUGAGGUUCCAGAGGUUCCAUCCACUUCCCCACCCAAGGAGGACCUGACAACCACACUGGCCCCUGCUCCCCAGGAGUCCCAGUCCCGUAAACGCCCUCUCAUAGUCAGGGUGUUACGAGCUAUCUCCAGAGCCGUCUCCAAACCAUUCAGAGGAGCUUUUGGGAAGAAGAAUUAGCCAAAUGCCUGAUUUUAUUACUAUUUUAAUCAGAGCCUUUAUUUAAUAAAACAUUACUGCAUUGA